AUGAAGUUUCCACUGCACAGUUUUUUGGUGAUAUUAAUGCCAGUGGACAUUUGGAACUAUUCAUUUUAAACUUUUAAAUACUAGGUAUAUGUGUAUUAUAUAAAAAUGAUAUACACACAGAUAACUCACAAUAAAAGCACUAACAGGGAUUAAGAAAAUUAUACAUUCAGUAAACUGAGGAAUCAUUUUCUUUAAACUGAACUGCACCUUAUACUGAAGGCUUAAUAAAUGGCUCCAUAGCAUUCACAAAUCAAAUCUGUUGGAAGAAAUUCAAUCAAUUGUAUCUGUAGUUUAUGUUUGCACUGCCUGUUAACUUUUCACGUCACUCUCUAUGCAAAAGCUCCUCGUGUAUGAAUUUCAUUCCGCACGCUGUAGCCUCAUUUAAGCUCUGCCCAAUAAAAUAUCACGUCCUGUCUGAAUUUAUAGCGCCAUUGUCUCAGCCUGACAGCGCCUCAUCAUUUCCGCAUUUGGCUGCAGGAAUGGUUAGGAGCAGCACAGCCAUGAAACCAACGCCGUUCUCCGUUUUUAUGUUCGCGAUAAUUACAUUAACGGGAUAUAGUCAGGUUUCUGGAAAAAAUGAAGAAUGUCCUGCAGAGCAGGAGACCUCAUGUGAGAGUCUGCGCACGACUGAGGGAUUCACUUACCCCGUGCCCUUGAACAUCCCAACCGGAGACUGCGAAUAUUCGUGGCAUCUGGUGAAUGGAACAUGUGUUGCUCAUUCAGAUGGGAAAAAGUUAAGACCUGUUGUGGCUAUGACGUCCCAGAAUGUGACAGUAAGCGCCUGCGAGGACCUGCAGUGGCAACUUCACUGUGACGACAUUCAGUUUCACUGUACUAUCAAUUACACAGUUACAGGCCUUGAGAGAACACAAGAUGGCAACCAUAAUGACUAUAUUUCAGCUGGUUUACCUGGAUGGGGUACUGCUUUAAUUGGGACUGUCAUUGGGAUCGGAAUGGUUGUUGGAUUGAUUGCUGUUUGGUUUCAUCAUCGAAACAAGUCAAGAGGUUAUAGAUCUGGAUCUUAACCAAAAUUUAACCAUUAUGCUAUUGCCAUUGCCACUUAUUGUUGCACUUAUCUAUAAUUUUACUGUUUUAAUAGCUUUUAGCAUAUCACAGCUUUAAGACUCUAGUGCUAGUUUGUCUUACCUACUAUGUGCUUAAAUAAAAACAAUAAGUAAAAUGUACUUAUUAUGUUCAUAUUGUAUUGCUAAACACUUGACAUUGAAGUGGGAUAUGGGUAAGGUUAGGGACAGGUUUGGAGGUUUGGGUAGGUUUAAAUGUGGGUCAAGGUGUAAGGGAUGGGUCAACAGUGUAAUUAUAAAUGUAAUAACACAAAUGAAUUACAGAUGUAAUUACAUGCAGGUAUUUUUUUUAAUAUAAGUACCAUGUAAAAACAUGUAUGUAAACAAUACGUGCAUUGUACCAAAUUAUUUAUUUAAAUGUAAAUACAUAGUAGUUAAGGCAACUUAAUAUAUGAUAGGUAAAAACUGAUAGCCUGAAUGAACUGUAAGUCGCUUUGGAUAAAAGCAUCUGCUAAAUGCAUUAAUUUAAUUUAAUAUAAAGUGGGACUAGAUUUUGCACAGUAUGGUAUAUUUGACUUUUUAUAGGACUCAUAAACGUACAUGUAUAAAUAUAUAUAU